AUGAUUGGAAUUUUAACUUAUGUUAGUAAUGAUCAUGAACUACCAUGUAUUAUAUCAUUAACUCAUGUUAACAAUGAUUCCAUUGUUAUUUUGCAUAUCAAGGAUAAACAUUUUUCCGAGUGUAAUAUUUUUACCCCCGAAAACCAAGUAUUCAAAGAAAGACAUUCAGUUAUAAGAAAAUGUGUUGGCUUGGUAGCAACAAAAACUACAACACAGUCCCGAAAAUUGCUACCAGAAAAAGUUCAAAACAUAAAUAGCCACUUGCUGAAAAAAACAACAACAGUUAGUGCAGUGGCCUUAAAUCAUAACCUCCGUGUGAAUACAGUGAGGCGAGUGAAGAAAGUGUUUUUGAAAAGAACUAAUCAUCUUCCACAUCAACAACAGCAGCGGCGGCACCACCAGCAUCAGCACCAACACCACCGACAUUUCCAUGUCCAUUAUGGACAUAAGGGCGGCGUUAUACUAAAAUGCAUAACAAUACUGAUGAUACCGUGGAUGACUGCGGUAGUUGUUGCGGCGCCGCCUCAUGUGGCUAGUGGUGAUAAUAAACUCAAUCGUGCCGCCUGGCCUCCUAUGAAACAACAUGACAUUUGGAGCGAUGAUCUGCAGGAAUUUAACUCAUCGCAACAACAUAAAGGUGCUGAUGAUUAUGAAAUUUAUGGCGAUGAGCCUACACAACUCGGCAACUUCAUGGAAGCGGCUAAUGAUGAGUCCAUUCAACUGCCAAGGGACUCUGAUUGGCAUCGCUAUACUCUUAUGCAUGUAAAUUAUACCAACACCACAGUGUACCCCAAUUUAAAAAGGCAAAAAAAAGUGAUUCAUUUGUUCCCGGUGCCUGUGGAUGGAGAGUGUCUGUCGAACGAUGGUCGGCGGACAGGAACCUGCUUUAAUGCCUAUGAAUGUCGCAGUAAAGGUGGUCAGGCCACAGGUGAAUGCGCCCACGGAUUUGGUGUUUGUUGCAUAUAUAUUGCCAGCUGUAAUGAGACAAUUAGUAACAAUAUCACCUACCUGGUGUCGCCGAGUUUUCCAAGCUUCAUGCCAAACAAUGUCAGCAAUUGCAAAUUGAAAAUCAAGCUAAUGAACGAUGAUAUCAGCCAACUGCGUUUCGAUUUCUAUCAUUUUAUACUCGGCCAACCGAAUAGGCGUACCGGCGUCUGUGAUGGAGAUGUUUUUAAUAUAACCGGUGGACCAGGAGGAACAUUUUCUAUGUGCGGUCAAAACAGUGGGCAGCAUGUUUACUAUGAUGUAGGAGGUCGCAUGGUGCCUAGGCAGACUCUCUACGGCUCUCUGAGACCAUUGCGGUAUGAAGAUUUAUAUCCUGGUCGUAAUGUCACCGGCCAGGCUGGCAUGGAGAUUGAAAUUAAUUUGAGUUUUGCUCAACGAUUUUUACCCACUCGUCUGUGGGAGAUACGGAUUGCGCAAAUACCUUUUAGUCAAAGAGCUCCGGCAGGAUGUCUGCAGUACUUUACGGGGACGGAGGGAGUUUUUCAGACUUUUAAUUUUGCUGAUAAUGGCCGCCAUUUAGCAAAUCAGAACUAUCGAAUUUGUAUGAGACAAGAAAUGGAAAUGUGUUCUAUUGUCUAUCAGCCAUGCGAUGAGCAAUCAUUUCGCAUUGGACCUGGUCCUCCAACGAGAAUUAUGAAUUUGCCAAGUAAUAUUGGAGCCAAUAAUGGAAUGGGUGGGGGAGGUGGUGGUGUUCCUAUGGGUGACAUCAUGAAUAUGCAAAUGAUGAUUUCACCUAUAAUGGAUCAACUGCAAAUGCAGGUCUUAGCAGAUGAUGGCGGUGGAGCUAUGCCCAUGAGUAUGACGCCUACUGCAGCAACAGUUCCAUCCACCGAAAUGACCUCUACUACUACAGUUGCAACAAGUACUGCAAGCCCUUCCACAACCGCUGCAGCAGUAAUGUCAUCUGAUAUGACAUCAACUAAUGCAGCUUCCACAGUUUCAACAAGUGCAACCACUGAGGCCACAACUUCCACAUCAGCAGCUCCUGCUGCUGAUGAUCCUGAUGAAAAUUCACCAACAAUGCCCUCGACAACUGCAACAACGCUCACAUCUACAAGUACAACUAUAAGAUCCACGACUAUGUCUACUACCACUAGCACUACACAAUCGUCUUUAGAUGAUGACAUUGAAGGUUCUGGUGGCGACGAAGAUGGAGGAACCAGAUUCGGAUCAACACCUUUGAAUGUGUCGCGACGACCAAGACCUACAAGAGGAGGCUUUGACCUACUUGGUUUCCUGCGUACAGCUUUUGAAAUGCGCUUUCGCAAGGCAAGACAAGGACGCCAAAUGUCUGAUAGGGAAAAACGUCAGUUCUUCAGCAGUUGCAGAGAUAGAAUAACAAUGCCUUGUAUAGUGGAGGACUUCAUAGGCACCGGUCUGGGACCAUUGCCCGGUUGUGAACCUGUACAUUGCGGAAUGCAAUUUUGCUCCAACGGCAUGUGGCCUUGUCGCAUUGAGUCCACUGUGACGCCAUUUUAUGUCGGCAUACAUUUUGGCGAUGGUAACGGAAAAGGAAGUGCUGAGGAUAAUAUAGGAGCUUGUCUUCGCUAUCAACAAAUGCAAUGUUUGUGA